GCGCGAGCGUUUGAAGCGGGAAAAGCGUUGUUGCUAUAGAGACGCGGCCUAGUCGCUGCUGCCGAACGGCGCCGCGGCAGACUUUAGCUUGAAGAUGGCAUCAUGCCUUUAUGAAUGCCUUUGUGAGGCAGAACUUGAAAAAUACUAUCCCCAUUUUGCUGCCUUCGGUCUUCAGAAGAUUGAUGAGCUUGCAAAAGUUUCCAUGAAAGAUUAUACCAAACUGGGGGUCCAUGACAUGAAUGACCGCAAACGACUCUUUCAGCUCAUUAGAAUAAUCAAAAUUAUGCAAGAGGAAGACAUUGCAGACUUAAACAAGCAAGAUUUUCAAACAAGUGGCCUUUUCAUUCAGCCUCAGGUGACUAGAUCAGGUCCCUGUAGACAGCUGCGUUUUGAGUCCUUCUUCGAAGAAAAGGAUGGAACGGUUAAAGACUCUGAAUCUGAAUCAUAUGGUUCAUCUGAUCCCAGUACCAAUGAAGAGAAGAACAGUGUAGGGGAAAUGUUGGGACACAUUCAACCACAUGAUUCAGAGCUGAUCAGAUCAACUAGAAGAGACCUAAAUACUUCUGGAGUAUGCACAAAAAAGGGCCUGAGCUGUCCAACAGUUUCUGAUGAUAUUGCUCCUUUCCUGGGGGAUUCUGAAGCUCCUAUCAUACAAAGAAUAACUCAUAUUUCAGGGUAUAAUUAUGGACUACCUCAUUCCUGCAUCAGAUCCAGUACUUCUGAGAAAGAGACUCCAUGGACAGAGAGUGAAAAAAUCAGAGUGUGUGUCCGAAAACGUCCUCUAGGCCUGAGAGAGGAGCGACGUGGAGAGGUUAAUAUCAUUACAGUGAAAGAUAAAGAAACCCUGCUUCUUCAUGAAAAGAAGGAGGCAGUUGAUCUCACACAAUAUAUUUUGCAGCAUGUUUUUUAUUUUGAUGAAGUCUUUGGGGAGUCAUGUACCAAUCAGGAUGUGUAUAUGAAGACAGCUCAUCCUCUCAUUCAGCAUAUUUUUAACGGAGGCAAUGCAACCUGCUUUGCAUAUGGGCAGACUGGUGCUGGCAAGACCUACACUAUGAUAGGUACUCACCGGAACCCAGGACUCUACGCCUUGGCUGCCAAGGACAUCUUUAGACACCUGGAAGCAUCACAGUCAAGAAAAGAUCUCAUCGUUUUGAUCAGUUUUUAUGAGAUCUACUGUGGACAGCUUUAUGACCUGCUAAAUGGAAGGAAGAGACUUUUUGCAAGAGAAGACAGCAAGCAUGUCGUUCAGAUAGUAGGGCUGCGGGAGGUUCAGGUGGACUCUGUAGAUCUACUGUUGGAGGUGAUUCUGAAGGGGGGAAAAGAACGUAGCACAGGAGCUACUGGAGUCAACUCAGAUUCCUCUCGAUCUCAUGCUAUCAUCCAAAUCCAAAUUAAAGACACAGCCAACAGGACAUUUGGAAGGAUAUCAUUCAUUGACUUGGCCGGCAGUGAAAGGGCAGCUGAUGCCAGAGACUCGGAUCGACAAACAAAAAUGGAAGGAGCAGAAAUAAACCAAAGUCUCUUAGCACUAAAGGAAUGCAUUCGAGCGUUGGAUCAGGAACAUGCACAUACUCCUUUCCGGCAAAGCAAAUUAACUCAGGUGCUAAAAGAUUCUUUCAUUGGCAAUUCCAAGACAUGUAUGAUAGCCAAUGUAUCACCUAGCCACAUAGCUACAGAGCACACCCUGAACACUUUACGAUAUGCUGACAGGGUCAAAGAGCUGAAGAAAGGGAUUAAAUUUUCGACCCCUGUCACAAACAGGCAGCGGACAAUUGGAAACUUAUCUCCAAAACGUGUCCAAAACUGUCCCUCUUUGCCACCUGGUGAGAAGAGCUCUCCAAAAAAAGUGAAGCUAGGCCUCCAGCAUCCUUUAAAUUCUACAAAAACAAAGGCAUGUCCUGCAGCACUCCAGCCAGCGAGUGUCCCUUUUGCCUCCAGCCCCAGAGGAAUCAACAAAGGACAUGCCUACAAAGGAAAUCCCAGCUCACCCUGGUUCCACCACACUAACCCAGUUAAGGGAGUUCUACGGAUAGCACAUCCCCUGAAGAAGAAGACUGAUGAUCUGUCCCCACACUCUGAAAAGAUCCCCACUGUGAAGGAUUUUGUCAUCAAAAAUGCUGCCAUGGCAGAAACAAGAGAGAGUGGCCAGAGAGACAAGUAUAUGCAAGACAGAUCACCUGUCCAGUGCCUGAAAGUCCAGACAGUGCAACCUGUUCAGAAACAGCUUGUUUCUAGAGAUGAUUUUUCCUUUGGAGAUGGAAAUCUGCCUUCUAACAGCAGACAGGAAUGGGGAAACACCUUUGCUAAACAAUGUGUUGAAACCUGGACAAAUAUGCCUCCAUUUCAGAAGGAAAGGGAAGAGCAUUUACGCCUUUAUCACCAGCAGUUUCAGCAGCCACCUAUUCUACAGCAAAAUUUGAACUAUCAACCUCUUGAGAGGUUUUUAACACAGUACAAGCCCCAGGAGAUUCAAGUGAAGCAGGAGCUGAGCCUUACUCCCACAGAAGUACAGAGCAAAGAGGGGAUGCAGCUGGAAGAUCUGGAUGACAGUGAUUUCAGUGAAGAUUCUUUCUCACCUGUCUGCAGUGAAAAGAGCAUGAAAAGAAAUGCCAGCAAAUGCAGUCAACAUUCAUUUUUCCUUCAUCAAAGAGAACAAGGAACUGAAGAAGAGCAAAAAGGCCAAAAGCGUCAGGAUUUAUUUUUUAAAUAUGCAAUAUCCAUGCAAGAACAUGAACUAGAUGACAGCUGGAAUCAUAGUGGGGGCAGCCCAAAGGCAGAAGAAUCCAUUAAAAAUGCAGGCUGCAGCAAAACUCCAUCAGACUGGAGCUAUGACUUAACUAUUGAGUCCUCUCCAAGCAAUACUGCAGAAAAACCCUACUGCUUGCAGGAAGAUCCUGCUUGUAACUGGAAAAAUGACAAAGAUCUCCUAGCUGAUCACAAACAGUACAAAUCCAAACGCAGAUGUUUCAUUUACUCCAGUGAAGCCACCGUAACUCCAGAAGAGGAUGCUUCAAACUCAUAUGUUUCUCCUGUAUUGAAAUCGGAAACUCCAGAGGGCAAAGAGAUCGACCUCCAGCACAAAGAGAAGGAAGAAUCCACUUUGGAUAGACAGGCCACCCUUGCAGGAGAUGUUGAAUGGAAAGCUCAAAAAAAUGGAGUUAACCACUGUGGAUCUUCGAGUUGUUCAUCAGAAUUCACUUCUGAGCUGAUGGCCUCUCACACACUAUCCCUCCUUGACUGCGAGGAAACAACUGCUGCAGAGUCUUCUAACCAAGAGAAGUCCCCCCAUGUGAAGCCGAUGUCAGACAUGAACAUGCAAGGCUGCCAGAACAGGUCUGAGGAAGAGAAGUGGCAAUGUACGAGAAGCAGAGCUCUGACAGACAGCAUGCUGGAACUGGGGGAGCAAGUGCGUCGUGGCGGAAGACACUGUGCCCUGCUGCGUUCCCCACAAACAGGGGACAAGUGGCUUUCACCUGCCUGCUGUGAUGUGAAGCCAUGCUGCUGCCUCCUGGGCUCGGGUUCAUCAAAGCAAGGAGUCGUUCACAGUUUAUUUGUUGGACGUGACCUGACGGAAACAUCUCCAGCUGAAUCCACGGGCUCCAGGGGAGAGAGAGAGGGUGGUUUGUUUCUCAGUAACUCAACACACAAAGGUGGCAGACAGUGGGAUGCUGAUGUUGAAGAUAACACUGGUAAUUCAAGAAAAUCUAACUCAAAUCAAGGACCCCGUGUGGAGCCCAUGGCUCAGGAAUUAAAUGCUGAUAUACCUGAGAAGAGCUAUUUUCCAGGUGCAUCCUGCUUUCUCAGUGUGGGACAUACAGAUUACGCAGUCCAGUCCCCCUCUCAAGAAAGCAGCCUGCUGUUGCAGCCCACAUCAGGUCAGAGGAACAAGGACUUCAGUCAUUCUGAUGACCCAGCUAAGUCAUCGUUCAGCAAUGGGGAAAUGGGGUUGCUAAAAAACAAGUUAACACAGAGUAUUUUUACACAAGAGACUUUUCCUGCAGAUUCAGGAUUUCCAACCAAAGACAAUAAGCCAUCAGCAAAUGCAAAGAGCCCCUCAGGCAUGUCCAGCAGCAGCUCUCCAAGCUCUACAUCAGAGAUGGGAAAAUGGCAGAGACAAGCCCUGGAAAAGGCACAACAGGCUGUAAUUUGGGCACAUCGGCAGCAGCUGGAUGAGAUGGCAUCCUUGUGCUUCAAGGAAGAGUGCUUGAUAAACCAGAUGUCUGCAAUGGAUUUUCAGAAUUUUGUGACCAAGCUGGAUGAAGUCUUGGUACUGAAGUUGAAGUGUAUCCAAAUGAUGCGAGCCCAGCUCCAGCUGUAUUUAACCUCUCCUGGCACUGACACGUCCCUGCAAACACCUCUGCCAGUUUAGACCUUCUCUGCUUGCACAUGCCCAGGAACAGCUACCGCUGGUGUUUGGCCACACUUGGUGCUGCAGAGUGUGGAUCAUUAGGGGAUAACUUUUGGUUUGAUGUUUGUGAUUAGUGUGUAUUUUAGGUGAGGAUGGGGAGAAUUCUGAGUAAAUUGGAGAUGACUACUUGACACCACAAGCUUUUGUGUUUCCUUAAUACCAGUAAGCCAUGUUUUUAAGAAUAACAAUUCAGCAGCCUUUAAAUAUCUCACCAAGCAGCAGGCAGUCCUGUCUACAGUAUUCAUACCAGCUUCUCACAUGUCAAAGGCGCUUCUGUGUUGCCAAGAAAAUGAGGGGGAAAAACAUUUUGUAGCCAGGCACAGGUCUGAACAGAAAUGCUAUCCAGAAAAGUGUUUGCAAACAGAAGCCAGGAAAGAGAGGAACCACUCUUAAGCACACGAAUGUAACUAGACAGUAAGUAAACAGAAGUCAAGGCAGAGCAAGUGCUGUCACUUUCAGAAAGCAGCAGGCCAUUGUCACAUUUGCUCUUUGCUUGAGACAAAGGCUCCAGAGGUCCUUGAAAGAGGUGGCUUAGGUCAUGGUUAAUGGGUGGUUUAGUAGGGACUUUGUACCAAAGGUGCAUCUAGCAUGUUAAUAAGGAUGUGGGUUUCAUACUGCUGCUAACAGCUUACCUGCUACAAACCCGAGAUCUGUGCACUGUGGCACAACUGUACAGUGCUCGUCCGGGUGAACAGAGUUGAUUUUUCACAGCAGAAGAGGGUCUGGCUAGAGGCAGUGAGAUUUCAGAAACUCCUCACAGUGCUGUUAUGUGCAGUUGGUAUUUGAAUCAAGAACUACAGAAUCAUUAUCUGUAGCCCUACAAAAACUGGUGCUUCAUGCAUCACAACCAGAACCACAAACCAAGAUCACCUGCUGAAGCCACAAGUGAACUUGAAAGAUGCUCAGCUGACAAUGUGCUGUGCGAGUGCUCCUGCUCCAAAACUGGGGCUGUCGCAGCACCUUCAACCACCCCAGUGUCCCCUCGGUAGCCUGCAUUAGCUGAAUCAGAGCCUGCUCAGUAGCCAGAAAUGCCAAGGGUUAGGGGACGCUGCUGUCCGACCAGCAGUGAACGUUACUGCCUGCGUCUUCAGCUACCCCGAGGAGCCCAGGUCAGGCUGAGCCACAGUGCAGCAGCAGCAGUGACACCAUUAUCUGGGCUGCAUAUCUGGGGCAAACACUCCCAGGAAUGUCACACAGCAUAGCCCUGGGGAGGAAUCCUAACAGAAGGAAGUCCCACAUCAGUGCCCUGACUGCUGGGGCUGGUUUUUAGCACUGGUUAGUCUGUCUUGCCCUUGAGACUGGAUUACUCUGUGGAGCAGAGCAGAGCCCUCCAGGGUCUGAGUUUACGGCUCUCCAGACGGUUCCUGUGUGCAGGUUACAGGCCAGCAGCAAGUCACGCCUGAGCCCAGGUCUCCCAGCCCCGUUUUCAGAAGCCUUGCCUGGAGAAAUGAGGUUCCAGGAGCCAGGCUCCAUGUCAGGGGCACUGUGGUUAUUUGUGCACAGCAUAGUGACAGGCACCAGAGAGCUAUAAAGCAGUGGGACUCCCAGGCACCUUCUUAAAGCCACAGAGGGAAGAACAGGCAUUAAACCAAGCUCCCCUUUAAAAACAGCAACUCUUAGAAAGCCUCCCUCCACCUCCUGGGCCAGGGAGAGCUUUCCUGUGCAUAAGGUGAAGAGAUGUGGCAGUUGGGUAGUGCAUGUGCCUUCUGAAAGCAUAAAUGGAUGUGAACACUUAGAGCCAUUUCCCAGCACUUUUUCUGCAAACGAACAGAAAACAGGGCUCUGGGGAGCUGCUGAGGGGUAUGAGACUGCCUGGAGCGAAGGAAAAGGUGAGGCUGUUAGGAUGGGUGCACAGGUCACAGGAAAAUGAGAUGCUCAGCCAGUAAUGCAGUGCUAGGGAGGAAAACUUCCCCUCUGUGUACUCUGACAUUUGGGAGAUGAGUACUGGUUGGUUGUACUUUGAGGUUUUUUAAAGGAGCAGCUCAACAAACUACAUUCACAGGCAUUUUGUCUCUUACCCAAGCUGGCCAUUUCUAAAGCAACACACAUGGAAGAACCAUUUGCACAAUCAACAGUGCCAUGUCCUAACCUCAGUAUUUUCAGAGUAGUUAAGACAGGUAAGUGACCAGAAAUUUCCACGAGCAGGAGAGGGGAGUUAAGUCAGCUACCAAAGUCAAGCCACUCACGAUUCCUGUCCGGUCUACUGUGAAAAAGGUGUCUGGAAGAUCAGAGCCUCAGUGCAAGUUCCCAGAGCAGGAACUAUUGUAUCCCUGGAGGAAUGGCCAGGAAUACUGAGAAACAACAAAUAAACAAAACAACAAAAAAGCAGUUUUCUAAGGUCUGAUAUUUUUUGAAGUGGAGCAAUCUAGCCACUCCACAAGACUAGACCUUAUGCAAUGUAAGAUUUUUUUUAUCAGUCUGUUUUCAGAAUUGUGUUUUCCCUGCUAAAAUGUAUGAGUUGUCUAAAAUAAAUAAAUAAAUAAAAAAUAACAGCAGUCCUGGCUGGGAAAAAUCACCCAGCCUUAGCAAUAGGGCUACAGACACACUUGAAGUGCUGCAGUCCCAGGAGAUACCAGAGCUGAGCUCCUCAUACACAAAGCUGCUGUCAAAAACAGCAACAGUUUUCUCUCUGCUCUUACGGUUAUUACCUAGAUGCUGCUUUAAUUCUUGUGUGAAAAUGUGCUAAAUGAGCUGUUUGAUAUUGCACUGACACCUGCUAUGAAUGGUUUUUGUUUCAGCCUGAAGAAAGUAUGGAAGUGUUUGUCGUUACAGCAGUCUAAGAGAUUAAGACAUCUUGGCUGGGUGCAAUCAAAUAAAUACAGAACUAAAAUGUCUUUUGUCCUCGGGUGUGACAAAGACUAUUAA